AUGACGACACUACAGAAGAAAUCGAUUGGCAAUAUGUUUUUGAGAAGUGGAAUCGAGAAAAUACUCGCGGAUAAAGAUAUUAAGAAAAAGGAGAAUUUACAGCUCAAAAAAGCGUGUGAUAAUGCACUUGAAGAGCUAAAAUCAGCGGAGGAGACGAACGGCUCACCGAGUAGUAAUAACGGAGAAUAUCUACCAGAUGCGGGUACACUCAUCGAAGCGGAUCGAUAUUUUCUGCCGUUUGAGUUGGCAUGCAACUCAAAAUCCCCUCGGAUCGUGAUAACUGCAUUGGAUUGUCUACAAAAGUUGAUUGCUUACGGUCAUUUGACUGGAAGGGGACCGGAUACGUCGAAUCCUGAAAGGAAAUUGAUCGAUCGGAUUGUAGAGGCGAUUUGUGCACCGUUUUUGGGUCAAGGAACUGAUGAGAAUGUGCUGUUGCAGUUGAUUAAGGCAGUCCUCGCAGUGGUUCUAUCAAAACACUGUCAAGUCCAUGGAGCCUCUCUGAUUCUCGCGGUUCGAACGUGUUUUAAUAUCUAUUUAACUUCAAAAAAUCAUGUGAAUCAAGCGACGGCGAAGGCGACGUUAACACAAGUAAUAAGUACAGUAUUCAGUCGAAUGGAGAUGUUUGGAAAUAUUAAAGAUGAUGAAACGGUUGUUAGGGAAGUUGUCGAGAUGUUGGUGGGCACGACGGUGGCUAAUGAGGCGACAGACGAAACGAGUGAAGGAGGCGGAACUCAUCGACGGAACGGUUCAACAAUGGGAGAGAGUGAGGCACCGCUCGACGAUCAAUUCACAUUUCAAAACUCUUUCCAAAAAGAUGCAUUUCUCGUAUUCCGUGCUCUCUGUAUCCUCGCCCAGAAGGAAGAAGGCGGAGCUUCGAACGAAAUGAGUCUUCGAUCCAAAAUUCUAGCCCUCGAAAUGCUUCUUCUUGUACUUCAAAGCUCCGCCCCCGUGUUGCAGUCAUCUCAGCCGUGUAUUAUAGUGAUUAAGAGAACACUUUGUAUGGCUCUGACACGAAAUGCUGUCAGUUCGAAUAUUCAAGUAUUCGAAAAGUCGCUGGCAAUUUUUGUGGAAUUACUCGACAAGUUUAAGGCACAUUUGAAGGCCUCGAUAGAGGUUUUCUUCAACUCUGUGAUUCUGCCGAUUUUGGACUCAAAUACGUGUGCAUUUGAACAGAAAUGGAUUGUGCUGAAUACGAUUGCUAAAAUCCUCGCUAACCCACAAUCUGUCGUCGACAUGUUCGUGAAUUACGACUGUGAUAUGACAUCUCCCAAUCUAUUCAAAUCAAUUGUUGAAGUUGUCUCUAAAACUACAAGGACGACGAUCAAUGAGAAUGCACCACCAGCACAAAAAGAAAAAGAAAGAGCGAUGAGACUUCUCGGAUUGAGCUGCCUGACAGACCUCCUCCAAUGCCUUGUCGACUGGUGGCAAGUAUGUGAAGUUCAAAAGAUAACCUCAGAUAUUGAUGACGUGGAAUCGAGUGAAAACACACAACAAGAGGAAACGACGACUUCAUUUGAGAAGUUUGAGACGUUGAAGCAGCAGAAGAACUUGAUGGAACAGGGAAUCCUUCUAUUCUCGGAGAAACCAAAGAAAGGACUGAAAUUCCUCCAGGAUAAGGGAUUCGUGGGAACGGAUGCAGUGGAGGUGGCCGAAUUUAUGAUGAAAGAGGAGAGACUAAAUAAGACACAAGUUGGAGACUUCCUUGGGGAUUCUGAUGAAUUCAAUAAUUCUGUGAUGCAUGCUUACAUCGACUUCUUGGAUUUCUCGUCAAUUGAUAUUCUCGCAGCAUUGAGAUUGUUUUUGGAGAAGUUUAGGUUACCAGGGGAAGCUCAAAAAAUCGACCGUCUCAUGCUGAAAUUUGCCUCCCGCUAUCUCGACUGUAAUCCACGUCAAGGAAUCUUUGCAUCCGCCGACGCUGCAUAUGUUCUCGCUUUCUCAAUCAUCAUGCUCACCACAGAUCUCCACAAUAAGACGGUAAAGAAUAAGAUGACGAAGCAAGGAUACAUUAAUAUGAAUAGAGGGAUCAACGAAGGUGGAAAUAUACCCUCCGAGUUGCUAGAAGCCAUUUUCGAGGAUAUAUCAAAAAAUGAGAUCAAGAUGAGAGCGGGGGCCACUGCGUUGUUGAGAUCUCGAGUGACAUCAGGUCAAGGCGCCCUCGCAACAGAUAAGGAGCGAAGAGCAAUGGCUGCAUUAGAAAUGGAAGCGAUGUCAGAGACAGCAAGAGCUCUUAUGGAAUCCGCUUCUGAUGCGGACGCCUAUUUCACUCCUGCUCAACACCAACAUCAUGUGAAGCCGAUGUUUAAGAUCUGCUGGACACCUUGUCUCGCAGCAUUCUCUGUUGGAGUGCAAAUGUCGGAUGACGAGGAGGAAUGGUCACUCUGUCUUCGAGGAUUCCGGCUGGGAGUUCGAGCUGCUUGCGUUCUUCAGGCGAAUCUGGAGAGGAAUGCGUUCAUCCAGGCACUUGCUAGAUUCACUCUGCUGACUGUCAAAAACUCGUUGGGAGAGAUGAAAGUGAAGAAUAUCGAAGCGAUCAAACUUCUUUUGCUUAUCGGUGAUGAAGAUGGAGAGUACCUUGAGGAGAACUGGGCGGAUGUUAUGAAGUGUAUGAGCUCGUUGGAGUUGGUGCAGUUGAUUGGAACUGGACUCAAUUCGGCGAUGUCGCAUGAUAGUGAUAGUAGUCGACAGUAUGUAAUGAAAGCCACUGGUGGAAUCGACGAGAAAACUCUUCACUCUCUUCAAGACGCCCUAGGAGAGACGUCCUCCCAAUCAGUUGUAGUGGCAAUCGAUCGAAUAAUCAAUGGAUCCGCCCGCUUGUCAGCAGAAGCCAUUGUUCACUUCGUCAGAGCCCUCUGUGCAGUGUCACGAGAAGAACUCUCUCAUCCAGCAGCGCCUCGAAUGUUCCUUCUAGGAAAAGUGGUAGAAGUCGCGUUCUACAAUAUGAACAGAAUCCGUUUGGAGUGGAGUCGAAUCUGGCAUGUAAUCGGAGAGCAUUUCAAUGCAGCUGGCUGUAAUUCCAAUGAAGCCGUGGCUUACUUUUCUGUGGAUGCACUUCGUCAGCUAUCCAUAAAGUUUUUGGAGAAAGGGGAACUUCCGAAUUUCAAAUUCCAAAAGGAUUUCUUGAGGCCAUUCGAAGUGAUUAUGGUGAAAAAUGGAAACACUCAGACUAGGGAUCUUGUUGUAAGAUGUUGUACUCAUCUUGUGGAAGCCCACUCUUCUCGACUGAAAUCCGGAUGGCAGAAUCUCUUUAGUGUCUGGACAAUAGCCGCUGGUGACACUUCUAUGGAGAUCGUGGAGACUUCGUUCCUCACGGCAUCUCAUGUUAUCGAGAAGAGAUUCAAGGAGGACUUCACGUCGAUUUUGGACUCUUUCCAGGAGGCAUUGAAGUGUCUGCAGGAGUUUGCGUGUAAUGCGAAUCUGCCAGAUAUGAAUAUGGAAGCGAUUCGGCUGAUUCGGUUGUGUGCGGACUACGUCUCCGAGAACAGUGAUAAAAUCGACGAGGCCGCUCGCCGUGACGACCAUCUUCACAAAGGAUUAACUGCAGAUCAACAUGUAUGGUUACGUGGAUGGUUCCCGAUAUUCUUCGAAUUGAGUUGUAUCAUCAACCGAUGCAAAUUGGAUGUCCGAACCCGCAGUCUUACUGUAAUGUUUGAAAUUAUGAAGACUCAUGGAAAAGAUUUCCGACCGGAGUGGUGGAAGGAUCUGUUCGAGAUUGUGUUCCGUAUAUUCGAUCCGUCGAAAAUGGAUGAUCACCGGAGUGAUAAGCGGGAAUGGAUGUCGACAACAUGUAAUCAUGCAAUGCUCAGUGUCGUUGAAGUGUUCACUCAAUUCUUCAAUCAGUUAUCAGUUUAUGCUCUUCCAAUGAUCUACCGACAGUUUGGUGUAUUCAUUAGGCAACAAAACGAGCAACUCGCCAGAUGCACCAUCAGUUGCCUUGAAUCGCUAAUCUCUCAAAACGGAGAAAGAUUCACUGAAUCGAUGUGGCAGCAGACGAUUGAGUUGAUCAGAGAACUGUUUGCUGCAACACUGCCGAAAUCACUGUUAACAUGGGAACCACCGAAUUCGAAUGGAAUGGUGUCAGAGGAGAGAACUAAUGGAUCUGAUGCCCUGUUCACCGAACAAAUUGUGUUCUGUGUCGUCCAGAAUGAACUAGUCGAGGCAGUAUCCCGAAUUGUCCUCGGAGAUGCGCGUGAAUCCACGAAAAGUCUCCAAGCAGAUGGUCUCUUCACUCAAAUGUCACCCCAACUGUUAUUGAGCAUAUGUGAUGCUCUGGCUGAAAGUCAUAAACUCGCGAAACAAUUCAAUGAUAAUAAUGGGCAGAGGACUUUGCUGUGGAAGGCGGGACUUCGGGGAUCGAGUAAACCGAAUUUGAUCAACCAAGAGACCCGUUCACUCAGUGCAAUGUUGGCAAUUAUUCUCCGAUUACUGUAUGAUCUGAGGGCUCAGGAGAUUGCCGGACAAAUAUCGAUAAGAGUAUUAGAAGUUGUCUCUCUCGCUCUCAACGGAUAUGGAGAGGCUGAAUCAGAUACCCGGCGGACUGCUUACGGACCAGUAAUAUGUGAAUUAUUGAGAGAAUGCAUUGAUCUGCCGACUGAACUUCUUCCAGUUCUUGGACCCGAAUUCCCAUUAAAACUCUGUGAUCUCGUGGUGACAGCCGAAGGACAAACAAUGCGACGUCAUCUGGCAAAUCUGCUUCGGCGAUGGAUGCCACAUCCAGUUAUUGAUGAAUCCGACUGA